UUCGAAGGAUUCACCCGGGCCUUAAAGGAUUUUUUCAUUUGAAUAGAAAAUGUGGAAGAGGUGACACAGAUUUGAUUUCUCUUGUACUUUGUUUUAGGUAUAUCUCAAACAGGAGUGCAUUUAGAGAUAUUUCAGAGAAAACAUGUUUUGUGGGGAAUUUCGCGGCCUACAAAAAAGGUUUCUUAGUAUUUUUCGAUAAACCUCGUGGUUCGGGCGAUAUUUGCCAAAUGAGGGAGAGGAAAUUUCAAGAUUUUCGAGGGAGUUUAGUAAUCGCAUUGUAAAUAUUAAUAACUAUGCUGAAUUCGAUAUUUUUUGGAAGAGAGCAUUACUUGCUCCAUUUUUUUUACCAAUCAUUACCAGUCGGGAAUAAAAAAAUUUGCGAGAAUCAAAUGGUGAUGAGCAAGAUUAUGAUGAUAUUUGAUGAGAUGUUCUCUCUCUCAUUUGUUUGAGUUACAAUUUUUUUUUCAUUUGAAUGGAAAAUGUGGAAGAGGUGACACAGCUGUGAUUUCUCUUGUACUUUGUUUUGGGAAUAUCUCCAGCAGGAUUGCAUUUACAGAUAUUUCAGAGAAAACAUUUUUUGUGGGAAAUUUUGCGGGCUACAAAAAAGGUUUCUUAGUGUUUCUCGAUAAACCUCGUGAUUCGGGCGAUAUUCGCAAAAUAAGGAAGAGGAAAUUUCAGGAUUUUCGAGGGAGUUUAGUGAUCGCAUUGUAAAUAUAAACAACCAUGCGGAAUUCGAUAUUUUUUGGAAGAUGAAUUAAGUUCCAGAUUUAUUACUCUGUAUUUCUGAAGUGGCCAGUGAAGGCAGCAUUUCGCAAACAUUCGAGAACUAGUGGAUUUAGAAAAAAGGUCUCUUGACAUUUUUCUAAAUCUUCUUCAGAUAUUCGCGAAAUUCGUCCGCAGGAACCACUUCACUACCGACUAUUCGUUGCAACUUCCAUUACCUGUUUUAUAAUUCUUUUUUCAUAAUUAAUAGAGUUCAAUUGCCAAUUAACGAUUAAUUAAAAAUAAGUUGAUAUUGCGUUGUUAAGUGAUAAUUGGUACAAUUCAAUUGAAUUCGAAGACUUUUCCUAGGCUUAAUCCUCAUUUUAUGGUGUGAAAAAAAAAUAAGUCUGAGACACUCGUGAUUAGUCAACUCGAUUAAUUACCCCAGCACGAAGUAGUUAUCAUAAACUCAAUGAACAUGUGAUUCACCUCGUGUGCAUGGCUGAUCAGUGUUCCAUAAUUCAUUGAUUUGUGUAACUUUGGAUUGUUUGAUGGCGAUACAUUAUUUUUUUGAUUAUUGCUACUCGUUGGUUAAGUGAUUAUAUAUUUAUACGUCAUUUAUUGAUUGAAUAAUUGAAUAAAUAAUUUGAAGAAGAAAAAUUGCAGAUUGUUGAUAAAGCGAUUGGCAGAAAUAACGAAUUUCCUUUUAAAAAAACAUAAUCGUGUGGUUUCCUGCAAACCACAUUCUCCCUCCAGCUCCAAAUCGUCUUAUCGUUUCUUCGUAGUGGCUCUAUUUUGGAACAUUUCCUCAUUCUUGCAAAAAUGUUCUACUGCAGAGUGAAUGUCUCCAUAAUUUCCCUUGAAUUUUAAUUAACUGCGACCCCCAGAAUCUCAAAUUUCAUUCGAACUUAUCUCUGUACAUACUUUUGAAUAAAAAUGCUCCACUGGACAGUGAAUAUUUCCAUAAUUUUAUUAAUCUCUUGUGUUGAUAUUGGGGCAUACAAUUUGGACACAAAAAGUGCAGUUGUCUUCAGUGAUCCCAAUGCAGGAUUUUACAGAAAAGGAAGUUACUUUGGAUACGCUGUUGCACUUUAUGCGAGCACUUCUGAUCCUCUGGUGAUCGUUGGUGCACCCAGGGCCAAUGUCAGUAGAUUAUUAGGGAUCAGAGAACCUGGUGCUGUUUAUUAUUGUCGAUUGAGUGGUCAUUGCAAAGAAUGGCCACUCGAUAAUUCUAGAAAUGGUGGACUUCAUGGAAUCGAAGGGAUUGAUCAGAUGAUCGAUGAGUCAUGGAUCGGUGCUACUAUUUCUGUGGAAAAUAAACCACAGCCCAGAGUCGUGGUUUGCGCUCCGAGGUGGAAGAACGUGCGCAAGGGGAAUGUCAAUGGGAUCGAGCGAAAUGACUUUUUCCAGAAGAUGAAUGGCAUUUGUUACUACACAAUUGUGAAGUCUCCGGGUGAUUUUGAAAAACCUGUGAGGAAAUUUAUUACGGAUUUGACAGCUGCAAACCAGCAGACUAGGUGGAUCUUCGAAGUGGCAACCAUGGGGUUUUCUCUCCACGAAUUUUCGAAUGAGUCUGUGUGGAACAUUAUGAUUGGAGCUCCUGGGUGCUACGGCUGGUCAGGGACCCCUCUGUUGGUUUCUGAAAACCCCCUGGGGGAACUGAGUUCACUGAUACCUUACACACACCCGUAUUGGUACACAUACAGCGGUAAUGGCUUUACGAAUAAAUUUUGA